ACUCUUUACCAAAAACAACCUAGCAAAAUGUACUUUCUCGGCCUGUUUCUGCUUCUAGUUGGUACAAACGUCUGCCUGAUUGAGGGAAAUUUCGGUUCCAGUACAACAGGAAACGAUUAUACAUAUGGGACGCAGGCAACGACUGAUAGCCUCAUCGCCAGUGAAACUAUUUCUCAGAGCAAAUCGCCGCUGCAAACGACAACGAAAACAUAUACCCUAACUCAGGCAGGAACUGCAAAAACCAUUACCUACAUCAAGAUCACGGAUCUGAUGAGAAAGCGAGGUGCUUCUGCUUCAAUUACUUCCGGAGGUGUGGGUUCUACGACAGUUACGAUCGUAUUUACUUCAGCUCGAGGAGCUGCUAUUAAGUCCCAAGUGGUAAUUUAUGGUUCUUAAUAAGUUCUAUUUAUCGAACAAGAAUACAGAUUGUAAAACUCCUAAUAAUAAAAACAAUUUUUGGAAUUAAUUGUGUUCAUAUAUACACCAAAUUUAUCAAAUUUUAACUAACAAAAUGAAAUAAAUUAAUUUAAAAAAGU